AUGGCUGGCACCUUCGUCACUGUUUCACUCGAUACCUUCCUCUGUGAAUUCAUUCCACAGGUCGGUGAGGCGACCACUCUCCCAGAGCUCCAUAUGAUGUUCUGGAUGCCCGCGCCCCCCGACUCGGAUGUUGAAUUCUACGAUUCUUUGAGAGGCUGUAUGACGAGACAAGGACUCGAACUCUGCCCGGGAUAUUCCUGUGACGUUGUUGAGAGCGAAGGUACAGAACGCUACAAGUACGCGAGCCUGUCCCGCGAGGAGGAUCUGUCUGCUUUCAACGCUGAUCCUCAACAAGCACCUCAACUGCUGUCAUUGGUGUACAUGGCGAAGUCCAAGCAUAGUGACCCCUUCGUCCAAGAUCGAGACCCCAAUCUCCCAGACACAAACCCUACAGAUACCGAGUACUUCACUGCUACUCUCCGACGCCUCCAAGAAACUGCGUCUGCCGCCUUCUCCAACCAGCAUCGCACUUUCUUCUUCACCAUCGUAUUUUCCAAGGGCAGUGCAUGCCUGGUGCGAUGGGACCACGCUGGUGCUAUCAUCUCAGAGCCAUUCAUCUAUGGCAGGACAGAGCACCUCGCCAUAUUCUUCUGGCGCUUCUCGCAGCUCUCCCCCGAGCAGCAAGGCUGUGACGCCACAGCGCAACUUGUCCUUCCUCGAUCUGACGAUUAUAAGUUGAUGGAAGACAUAGUGAAGAGGGAAGAUUGCGGUAACCCGUACGCGCGUUGUAUGUUCGCCAAGUCGCUCGACCUGGGCUGGUUCUGGUGGAAGUUAGGUGUCAGAUCUGAGGACCAAGCUCCGGUGGCCCUGCCAAAGGGCAGGAAGAAGCGGCCGGGGAUCAAGCGGCCGCGGGCUGUGCCCCAGAGGAAGAGUAAUGAAAGUGAAGACGAGGCUGGCAUGAGAUACUUCCUCGUUGGCAAGCCCCACUUCGAACAGCAGCCGAAUCUCCCUGGCUGUAGCACUCGCGGAUACGUAGCGCUCGACUGCAAAACCAAGAAGUUCGUCUUCUUGAAAGACACGUGGCGGCUCGACCAGCCAGAGCACAAGACGGAGGGAGCGGUACUCGAGGUAUUGAAGAAGGCAAAAGUUACCAACGUUCCGACUCUCGUGUGUCAUGGAGACAUAGCCCGCCACCAUACGCAUACGCGGGAUUUCUUCAAACCCAAAGACAAACCGCGUGUGGAUCCGUUUGAAGAUCCACCAUCAAAAUACGUUCACUAUCGUCUGGUUGCCAAUGAAGUCUGCUGUCCUCUAGAAGAUUUCGAAGAAGGGAAGGAACUGCUGCAGAUUAUAGUCGACUGCAUGGACGCACAUCGACAAGCGGUAGAAAAAGCUGCGCUGAUGCAUUGCAACAUUAGCAACGGCAAUACCCUCAUCUACGAAAGAUAUGUGAGGCGCGGUGGUGAGUACGAACGUCUGAGGACAGGUCUGCUGUGCGAUUGGGAGCACGCAACAUCCGUUCGCGCUGCAGAAAAUGGGGAUAAAGAAGCCCCUCGUAAACUUGGAGCCAGGGCGACAUGGCCAUUCAUGUCGGUACUCUCGCUCGACCAUCCGAAGACAGCUAUUACGAUCCAGGACGAACUGGAAGGAUUCUUCUACGUCCUCCUUCUCACCACUGCGUGGCGCAUCGACAAUAACAUUCGCACUACCGACUUCAUUCCCCAGUUCUUUGAUUCCAAGGAAUUGCUCUCGGAGUUAUCCCCUUCCAUUUAUUCAUGUGGCCCAUCGAAGCGCCAGGCAAUGCACGCCGGCGUGAUGAAGCACAAUGAUGAUGAGCUGCGUUUCUUCGAUGCAGCAAGACGGCCUCAUCCCUUUGAGAAAGUAUUCAGGCUCUUUAUGCACAUGUUCCGCGCACACUACACGACGUUGGUCUACGAGAAAGACUCUGAGGAGGUGGAACCUGAGGACGCACAAGAGCAAAUCCCUCUCCCGGUUCCGCGACAAGGCGCGGAGAGCCGCGUUCGAGUGGAGCGAGUGCAACUGUCUGAGGAGGAUCUCAAUGCGCGCAAGCAUCUCGCGGAAUCGCUGAAGACGCACCAAGCCAUGCGGCAAUUGCUUCUCAUGUUUCUGGAUAGGGAGUGGCCCUGCGGGGACAAGAUCGAACCGAAGUCCAACGACAGCGUGGAUUCUGACUCGGAUAGCUGGGAGGAGCCAAUGGGUCCUGCAUCUCCUGAGGUGGAAUUGGAUCUCCCGCGUCUGAAGCGUGGUCGGGAUGAGGAUGAGGAUGACGAAGAGGAUGAGGAGCGGCGACCUCGGAAGGUGCAGCAAGGCUCUUCAGAAUGGCUCGAGUUGCUGAUCGUUCAGAAGUGCGGAGUUCCCUCGGUUCGCGAUUUCCAGCUACGCCAUGGCAUGGACCUCAUCCGCGGCAAGGAUCUGUUCCUCGUCAUUGCGCCGGGCCAGGGGAAGACGACGGUUAUGCAUGCUCCGCUACUGGCUGCACAAGCCCAGAUGAAGAUAGGAAUAGCUCUCAUGAUUGUGCCUACUAAAUUGCUAGCAUUACAGCAGGAAACUGUGGCCAAUAGCCACGGAAUUCGCGCACUGGCUAUCAACGAAGACACUAUGAGAGAAGCAUACCACAACAAUCGCGAUCUUCUGGCCGAGCUUGUCGGCGGAGAGGACAUUCGUCUCGCCAUCAUGAGCCCUCAAAUGCUCCGGUCAAAACGCGUUCGUAGCCUGCUGUCACAGCAAGCUGUCAAGAGUCUUGUCUGCUGGUUCUUCGUUGACGAAGCCCACCUCGUCGACAAACAGAGUGGCGAGUGGAUCGAGAUCUUCAAGUCCAUCAAGACUAUGCGCGCUAUCUUGUCAGCUCGGACAGUUUGGGCAGCGUUCACUGGCACGGCGACUCCAUCUCGGACUCUGGUUCUCGCUGAAAAUCUGGGCUUCCAACCUGGGCACUAUGUCAAUACUCGGUACUCGGUUGACUGCUCCAACAUCAAAUAUAUCCCGCGGUUCUUCGAGCAUGCUGUCUCUGGCACGGACUUCCUCGACAUCAGCUUCCUGAUACCCCUGGAGAUGGCUUCCCCCACUGAUAUCACGACAACUCUGAUCUUUUGCCAGACUAUCGAGCUCGGCUACAAAAUCAUGUCUUUUCUCGAUCGCCUUAUCCCUGAAGCAGUACCUCAUCGCAACAAGAUCAUUAAACUCUACAACUCAUUGAUGCCUGCGACGUACCGACAACACUUCGUACAGGACCGCUUGAGUGGUGCUGAACUGCAUAUGUAG